AUCUUUUGGUUAUGUGUUUUUAAUCUUAUUCUCUCGAUUACUGUUGGCUUAAGACAGCUUAGGUUGGACCUCAGUCUUUUCCUAGAUAAAGCGGGUUAUAACAGCUUCCAUACAAAGCAAUUACAAAGAACAUAACGUCUACCUGUUGAUCUAGCUCUAUUCAGUAUGACAAUUUCAUCGGGAUGAGUUCUGCAGCUCGAGGAAGAUGGCGGGUGCUGAGGCGGGCUUGCCGCCAGGCGAGCACGGCGCUGCUGGCCAGCAACCGGGAAUAGCCACGCUGGUUUUCAACGAUAGCUCGAAGUACACGGGCACGCUUAGAAAUGGAACGCCACACGGUCUAGGCACAUGCGUAUGGAAGGACGGGAACCAGUACGAUGGCGAGUGGAAGAAUGGCCUUAUGCAUGGGUUCGGCACGUACCUAUGGACCUCUGGGCAGCGCUACGAUGGAGAGUGGAAGGAUGGCAAGCGCGAUGGAGUCGGCGUCAAAAUGUACGCCGACGGGUCGAAAUUCCAUGGCAUCUGGCGUGACGGCAAGAAGCACGGCGUCGGCGUGUUCCGGCCCGCCCCACGGGAUCGUUCCAAAUCGCUUGCUAAGACCAGCAGCGGCAGGAACAUUCCUUCGCCGUCUGAUGUCGACCCCUCCGUCUACAACCUGCGUGCGACUGAGGGGACGCCGCCGCAGCAGCAGCCACGGGAGACACACCAGCAGGACGCAGAGCCGGCGCAAGGUGCAGGGGAGUCCUCCUCUCCGGCGAUGCCCACGGCGCCCCACUCGCCUCCAGCCUCUGAAGUCGGACCAGACAAGGACCGAGGGCGGGAGAAGGAGGGGCAUCGGGACAAGGAUAAAGACAAGGAGCGUGACAAGGAGAAGGACAAGGAGAAAGAAAAGGAAAAGGAGCGGGAGGGCAAGUUGCUGCUGAUCCGCGUGUUUGAGGAUGGAGUGCUGAAGCGGGAGGAGAAGCUGAGCAGCGAGGACGCCAAGAUGAUCUUCGGGCAGGCGCAAACAACGGAUGCGCGACGCGGCAGCCGGGCAAAGAAGAAGGUCAAGCGCGCGCUGGGUUUCGGCAAGAAGUUGCAACAGAAGCACGGACAGCUGUUGUACAAGGGCAUGCCCGGGUACAACCUGAUGCUGCGGCUGCAGCACGGAAUCCGCUGGAGCAUCGGCCGCGGCUCCUACAGCGUGCUGCCGGGCCAGCAGCACCCCACGCAGCAGCUGCACCCCUGCCAGGCCACCAAUAGCGUCGCCAGCCUGGUUGGGGUGCCGCUGCCGCUGAGUCACAAGCUGGUGGAGGCGGACUUCACGGAGAAGGUCAAGGUGUUCUUCCCGAGCGCUGGCAGCUCCAUCACGCCCGCGCAUCCCGCCGGCGACUUCAAGUGGAAGGACUACUCGCCGCGCGUUUUCCGAAACCUGCGCAACAUGUACGGCAUCGCAGACGCGGACUACAUGCUGUCGCUGGGCGGCAGCUCCGCGCUGUGGCAGCUCAACAGUCCCGGCAAGUCGGGCUGCAUGUUCUUCCUGUCGGACGACGAGCGCUUCCUGGUCAAGACCAUGCGCAAGACGGAGAUCCGCACGCUGAUUGACAUGCUGCCCAAGUACUACAGCUACAUGGAGAGCCAGCCUGGUAACCUGGUGAUCCGCUUCUUCGGUGUGCAUGGCGUCAAGCAGCUGCACGGCCGCACGGUGCGCUUCGUGGUCAUGCACAACAUGUUCAACACGGACCUGCAGAUUCACAAGAAGUUUGACCUCAAGGGCAGCACGGACGGCCGCACCACAGGCCCCAAGGUGAAGCCGGACGACCCCAAAACCAUCUUCAAGGACCUCGACCUGGACAUGCAGUUCCUGCUGCACCCCGCCGCCUACUCCGCCGUCAUCCGCCAGAUCCACUCCGACGCCGAGUUCCUGCGCGCGGUGGACGUGAUGGACUACAGCCUGCUGCUGGGGAUACACUUCUGCAACCGCGCCCGCCUGCCACAAGAGGGGGACACCUCCACAGCAGCCGGGCAGUCGCAAGGGCAGCAUCACGUGCUGGUUGGGCAGCAGCCGCCGCCGCUACAGCCGCAGCCCUCCACAAAGGUGCCGACGCGGCAGCAGGCGUCGGUGUCAGGGCAGGGCCUUGUGCUUGGAAACGGAGGCAGCCCCGCGGGGGCGCCGUCAGCGUCUGGAGUGCCUGUUGGGUUGCAGGGCUUGCAUCAGCUGCAACCAAUGGACUCGCACGGCUCGGAGCCGGGGGAGGAUGCCUCAGGCCACAAUAGAAUGUCGCCCGUUCGGAACGGCCCGCCCGCCUCCCCUGGAGGGUUCGCGCCGGGUCGGAUCAGUUCCAUGGCUGGCGGCGGAGGCGGCGGCGAGGACCCGGACGGCGAGCAUGUGCGCAACUUUGACCUCUUCUCGGACAGGCUCGCGCUUGACAAGCAGCUGGUGGUGUUUGAGGAGCGCAUGCGCGGCAUGGGCUACAGCGAGCAGCGCAUACGCGACAUCCUCAGCCUAGCGCGACUGCGCAUCCUGGGAGACCAGCUCAAGGACAGAUCCAAGAAGGCAUACAAGGUGUACGACGGCCCCAGCACUGUGCUUCAGGCGCUGGCCUCGCGCCGCCAGGGCGCUGAAAACCUGCCGCGCCUGGAGGAGGCGGAGGACCCCACCUCAGACGACGACGACGAGGGCGGGCCGGGGAUGGGCAAGCAGCCGCCCUGCCUGGGCCACAAGUUGAGAGCGCUUGCGGUGCAUAAGAAGGGGGGCCAGCCACCGGAGGAGGUGGUGUUGUGCUUUGGCAUCAUUGACAUCCUGCAGGACUGGAACAUGCGCAAGGUGGUUGAGCGCACGUUCAAGAGCUUCACACACGACUCGUUCGCCAUCUCCGUCGCGCCGCCCAAGCUCUACAGCAUGCGCUUCGACGACUUCCUCACCAAGACCGUCUUCAUGGACCCCGCAGACGCCGCGGCCAAGGGCCUGUAUGCGCCGUCGCCGCACGGCAACAGCAUCUAUGGCAUGCCCCACCAGGGCGUUCCCACGAUCGAGGAGGAACGGGCUUAGGAAGCGGCUCCAGAAGCAGUAGCGGUCGGCGAUGUGUACGGUGUACUGUACUGUGAAAGGUAGCGGUCUUGCUAGUUAGCUGUGAUCCUGCGAGCUGUGGUGUGGUCUUGACGUGGGGGUGUGGCCUGAUGUGGGGUUUAUUGCUUACAUCAGUGCGGUCUUGCUCGUAGCCCCCGAGACAUAAUGUUUUCACAGCCAGCUGUCUGAAGCGGUUUCCUGGUUGCUGGCACUCUAGCGCAUUGGUGUAUGUGGCAAGUGAGCCAUCGGAUGUAAGUGGGCAAGGUGUGAACUUAGUUGUGCAUACCGGUGCCUGUGCGUGGAGUGCUCUGGAUAUCAAGAGCUGUGCUGGGCGAUGGAUAUGUAGUACCGGUAGAGAGGCGCCCUGAAGGGGAUUCCUGCCUGCUCGCUACUGUUGGUUUCUGCUUGCAUGAGCGUCCUGAGCAAGCACGCAUGUAGGUGUACACAAACUGUGCUCGUGCGCGGUGAUUGGGGCUAAUAUGA